AUGUGCUGUUACUACAAGCAAGGUGGAUGGUAUUUUAUCCGCAAAAGUAUCUUAGCUUCAGAUUUUCCAGUUUUCACAAGUUCUUUGAUGAAUAAUGAUUGGAAAAAAGUGAAAGGGAGUUUAGAAAAUGGCGAGGAAACAAAGAAGAGAGAGAGAGGAAUAAUAAGGGCAUUUGAAUUUGAGAUUCCUGUUUGUACCAUUGUGCCUUCAGUAUACCUUGGUGACAUACAUGGCCAAUAUUCUGAUCUCCUAAGACUUUUUGAGUAUGGUGGAUUUCCUCCUCAAGCAAAUUACUUAUUUUUGGGUGAUUAUAUUGACAGAGGCAAACAAAGCCUGAAGACAAUUUGCCUUCUUCUUGCGUAUAAGAUUAAGUACCCUGAAAAUUUCUUCCUCUUGAGGGGAAACCACGAAUGUGCUUCCAUAAACCGUAUCUAUGGAUUUUAUGACGAAUGCAAGAGAAGACUUAAUGUUAGAUUGUGGAAAGUCUUCACUGAAAGUUUUAACUGUAUACCAGUUGCAUCCCUCAUCGAUGAGAAAAUUCUAUGGAGGUCUCUCACCCGAUCUACAGAAUUUGGAUCAGAUCCUAGCAAAGACGUCCAAGGCUGGGGUAUGAAUGAUAGGGGAGUUUCAUAUACAUUUGGUGCUGACAAGGUUACCGAGUUCCUUCAGAAGCAUGAUUUAGACCUUGUCUGCCGUGCACAUCAGGGGAUGCAGUCUAAGAGGAUUUUGAUGGAGCUCAAGGAGAAAGAUCCUCCUACUUUUCGAACUGAUGAUGAUGUUGUUCCAAUUCUAUAUUCUGGCAGUGAGUGGGAUAAGGAAGUUAAACAGCUAGGUGAGACACUCUUGGGCUAUUCUCUCAAGGAUUGGGAGUAG